AUGGAGAUCAAAGGGUGGUUCUCAUCUUCUUUAUCAUUUUCAUUCUCAAUAUCAUUGAUCCAAAUCUUUGCAAUAGCUAGCAGCCUAACAAUAUCCAUUAUUGGUUGUGCUGAAUCAAACAUCAACACAGACCAGUCAGCCCUUCUUGCUCUAAAAGCCCACAUCACAAAUGACCCCUUUGGCAUUAUAACAAACAAUUGGUCUACAACAACCUCAGUUUGCAAUUGGGUUGGCAUAGAAUGUGGUAAAAAGCACAAUAGAGUGACAAGCUUCAAUUUUUCUUACAUGGGUCUCACAGCCACAUUUCCCCCUGAGCUGGGAACUUUGUCUUUCCUUACUUACAUUACCAUUAAAAACAAUAGCUUUCAUGGGGAACUGCCUAUCGAGCUACUCAAUUUGCCUCGCUUGAAACUGUUCAGUAUUGGAAAUAACGAGUUCAGUGGAGAGAUUCCGGCGUGGUUUGGGCGAUUGCCUAGAAUUGAAAGACUGUUGCUUUAUGGAAAUCGUUUCUCUGGUUCCAUUCCUACCUCCAUUUUCAACAUGACAUCGCUACUCACGCUUAAUCUUCAAAAUAAUCAGCUCUCAGGUUCAGAAAAUUUUCUAAUACUAGAAAUUUAA